AUGCCCAGUGAGACCGAGAAUAGUAAGGCAAAAAGGCUUAAAGAAUUACUAAACAUAUAUCAAUUGUCUCAACUUAUUAAAAAGCCUACUAGAACAACAGAAUCAACGAAGACGCUCUUAGAUUUAAUAAUUUGUAAAACUGACGACCCAAAAACCGCUACAACGGACGUUGUUGAGCUAGGUAUAAGCGACCACAACCUAGUCUACACUUGUAGAAAGGUCGGAAUAUGUAAACAAAAACCCAAAAUUAUUGAAACAAGGCAAUACCAUAAACUAAAUAACGCAAAAUUCCAAAACGAUUUAAAACAAGCUUUACUACAUAUUAAUGAACAUUCAGAUCCAAAUACGGCCCUACAGGAAUGGAACAGAAUUUUUCUACUGAUAGCUGAUAUAAAUGCUCCUAUACGAUUGAGAAAAGUGAGAAGUGACCGACAACCGUGGAUGACUGAUGAAAUUAAAAAACUGAGCUUUCACAGAGACUACUUAAAAAAGAAAGCAGUCAUGUUAAAUUCCUCUGCCUUUCAUAGUUCAUACAAAAAAUGUAAAAACAAAGUAACUAAACUUAUUAGCAAUGCAAAAGUCACUACUUUAGAACCAAUCUCGAAAACAGCAAAAAUUGCAAAGAAAACUGGAUUCACAUAA